UCUCCGGGAAAAAAGAAAGAAUGUGUAAUGGAUGGAAUUAUUCAAACAAGAUGAAGAAGUAUGUCGUGUUAGGCGUCGCGGUUCUCAUUAUAGCAACGGUCAUUUGUGUUGAGGCCGAUGAUGGCAGCAUCCCGAGUAGAAAAACAGAAGAGAUUCACCGUGAAAGCAAGCUGGUGAUAACAAAGACUGCAGUAAGUAUUAUAUGUGCCUCCACCGAUUACAAAGAAGAUUGCACAUCGAGUCUCGCAACUGUGAGGUCGCCUGAUCCCCGAAGUCUAAUAAGAGGUGCGUUCGACCUUGCUAUCUUGUCGAUUCGAAGUGGAAUCGACAGGGGGUUGAUUGAUCUAAAGAAAAGAGCGGAUGCGGAUAUGCACACAAGGGAGGCGCUUAAUACUUGUCGAGAGCUAAUGGAUGAUGCAAUUGAUGAUCUUCGAAAAACAAGGGAUAGAUUUAGGGGAUUUUUGUUCACUAGAUUGCCAGACUUCGUUGAGGAUCUUUGUGUGUGGCUUAGCGGAUCAAUCACAUACCAACAGACGUGCAUUGAUGGAUUUGAAGGGAUCGAUAGCGAAGCGGCCAUGAUGAUGGAGAGAGUCCUGAGGAAAGGGCAGCAUCUCACUAGCAAUGGAUUAGCGAUUGCCUCAAAUCUUGAUAAUUUAUUGAAGGCUUUCCGUAUUCCAAUUCCAUUUCUUGGGUCAAGGGGCAGACUCGGCAUUUUGGGUUCGCGUUCUUCGCAUGACGAAUCGUUGGGUUCUUCCCAAGAUCCGCCUCCAAGUUUGGAUUCUGAAAAUACUCCAGCAACAAUGGACUCUUCUGAGAAUCCACCAUCAAAUAACAGACCGUUAGAUUCUUCCGAGACUCGGCCGUUGGAAUCUUCCCAAACUUCUCCUCAAAAAUCGACAUCAUCCGAGAAUCAACCAUUGGCUACUUCCGAGGUUCCUUCUCAAAAAUCAACUUCUACCGAGAGUCUACCAUUAGGUCCUCCUCAAAAUUCAGAUUCUUCCUUAAUUCGACCGUUGGAUCCUCUUCGAAAACUAAAUCACCUUAGAAAAUUUGAUUCUUCAAACGAUCGACACUUAUCAGAGGAAGGAGAGUUCCCACCGUGGGUGACACUUCAUUCGCGGAGGCUUCUUGCACGUAGACCUAGUAAUAGUAUCAGAGCGAACGUUGUUGUUGCAAAGGAUGGGAGUGGUAAGUUCAAGACAAUCGCACAAGCAUUGGCAAUGGUACCAAUGAAAAACAAAAGGAAGUUUGUGAUUCACAUAAAGCAAGGUGUCUACAAGGAAAAAGUAGAGGUAACCAAAAAAAUGCUUAACGUCAUGUUUGUCGGAGACGGACCAACAAAGACGAUUAUCACUGGAGACAUUGCCUUCUUACCAAACCGAGUUGGCACCUUCCGCACUGCCACCGUUGCGGUGAAUGGGGACUAUUUCAUGGCAAAGGACAUAGGGUUCGAGAACACGGCAGGAGCAGCACGCCAUCAAGCUGUCGCACUUCGAGUUUCGGCGGAUUUUGCCCUGUUCUUCAACUGUCAUAUGAAUGGUUACCAAGACACGCUUUACGUCCAUACCCAUCGUCAAUUCUACCGUGACUGCCGCAUCUCAGGGACCAUUGAUUUCGUCUUUGGUGAUGCUAAGGCAGUUUUUCAGAACUGCGUAUUUGUCAUCCGCCGUCCCAUGGAUAACCAACAAUGUAUCGUCACAGCCCAAGGACGAAAAGACCGGCGUGAGACGACUGGAAUUGUUAUCCACAAUAGUCGUAUAAUCGGUGAUGCGUCAUAUCUUCCCGUCAAAGCCAAGAACAGAGCAUUUUUGGGACGGCCAUGGAAAGAGUAUUCGAGGACAAUCAUAAUGAACACAGAGAUUGAUGAUGUGAUAGACCCAGAAGGUUGGUUGAAAUGGAACGAGACGUUUGCACUCAACACGUUGUACUACACUGAGUACCGUAACAGAGGUCGUGGUUCCGGUCAAGCUCGCCGGGUUAAGUGGAGAGGUAUCCGACGGAUCUCUCCUAGAGCCGCAAGGGAGUUCGCUCCAGGGAAUUUCCUACGUGGCAACACAUGGAUCCCACAAACGCGUAUACCGUACAAUGCUAACUGAGCAUACAUGUCAUUAUAUCAUCUCACUCUUUCUUAUGGUAAAGUGGUUUGUGUAAUUGUGUUUGGUAGUGUAUAUAUAUAAAUCUGGAGAAACAAGAUUUCUAUAUAGUAUUUUUGGUGGGAAAGUAUAUAAUAUAGGUGACAAAAACA